AUGGCGAACGGCGACGCCGCGUUCGCCGCGUCCACGGCGCCGCUCACGUUCCAGAGCUUCCUCGAGAAGAUGCGUCACCCGAGCGCGAGCGAGCUCGUGAAGUCCAUCAAGGGCUUCAUCGCGUCCUUCGACGACGCCGCGGUCGCGCGCGAUUCCGACGCGGACGGCGCGCGCGUCCAGGAGUUCCUUCGCGAGACCGAGCGCGCGUUUCGCGGCCACCCCGCGUGGCGAGGCGCGUCGCAGGAAGAGCUCGACGCCUCCGGCGAAGGCUUGGAGAAGUACCUCAUGACGAAGCUGUACCCCAAGACGUUCGCGGUCGCCCCGGACGACGUCGCCGCGGACGACUUCCUCGGCGCGCGCGUCGCCGCGCUCGCGUCGUUCGUGCGGCCCGAGCAUCUCGACAUUCCAACGCGGUUCCACUCGGACGCGUCGUGGUCGCUCGCGAGGAACGAGCUGUGUAAGAUGAACAACUUCAAAGCGCCGCGGGAUAAGCUCGUGUGCGUGUUGAACACGUGUCGGAUCGUGAACAACCUGCUCAACGCGACGCACGGGCCGACGUCGCCGCCGGGCGCGGACGACUUUCUCCCGGCGUUGAUCUACGUCGUCCUCCGAAGCAACCCGGCGGCGUUGGAGAGCAACGCGAGGUUCAUCUCGCGGUUCCGUCUGGAGAGCAGGCUCGCGUCCGAGGCGGCCUAUUUUUUCACGAACCUUCAGUCCGCGACGCGCUUCCUGAGCUCGUGCGACGCGAGCGCGUUCACGGGGCUGGAGAAGGAGGCGUUCGACGCGCGCGACGACGCGAAGCGGCAGCAAGAGCUCUGGAGCGCGAUGCAGAAGGACCGGCAGCGGUUAGAGAGGGAGCUGGCGGAGGCGCGACGCGACGCCGCGGCGGCCUCCGCGGCGGCGCGGGAGAAUGCGAAGACGUCGAGCGCGCCUCGGCCGCCCGCGGUGCCGACGCCCACGCGACCGACUCGACGGCCGCUGCGGUGGAAGACCGUGGAGGACGUCGAGGCCGAGGGCGCGGCGGCGGUCGCGUCGUCCGACGCCGCGGGGACGCUGCGGCUGCCGUAUAAAUUUCUGUACGCGCGCGCCGACGACUUACAAGUCGGCGACGUCCCGGGGUUACUACACGCGUACAAGAGCCUCGCGCUGCAGUACGAAGCGCUCUCGCGCGGCGUCGGCGCCGUGCUCUCGGCCGCGAGCGGGGACGAGGGAGCGCACGUCCUGGGGGGGGAGGAGGUGACGGUCGUGCCCGAGACGCCGGCGCCGAUCGCGCCGGCGACGGCGACGGCGGCGGCGGCGGCGACGGGCGGCGACGACGCCGGCGGCGGCGACGGCGACUUGCGAGACAUCUUCGCGAGUUUAGCGUCCAUCGGACCGAGCGAAGGAGGGGCGAGCGGCGGCGCGCGGGAACCCUCGAGCGGGGAGGAUCCGUUCGGGAGGCUCGACGCGGACGUCGCCGCGUUGAGCGCCGCGGAUCCGUUCGCGAACCUUCCCUCGCAGGCGAAGUAGACGCUCGCUCGUAAUAGACUCGACGGGUGAUGACGUCACGACACGACUAAAAG